AAAAACGUAAUUACUACGCAAGGAAAGAAUAUUCUACGUCUCCGUCAGGUCUUCAAAUUUUCACAAAAAAAAAAAAAAAAAAGGAGUUUUGAGAGAGAGAUGCCGCUCCAUGUGGGUUGGUUGAUUUGAUUUGGAGAGAUGGAGCGGCAAUUUCAAUGCAAUGUAAGGUGGGUUUGUGUUGAAAACCACACGGAAAUAACAAUAAACUAUAAAUGAGCACAUGUUGAAGGCUGACUAUAAUCCGACCACGAGAUGAUGCAUGCACACCUGCACCAAAUAAAAAAACUACACAAGAAAGUUGUCACAUUUGGAAUAUUCACACUUCCCCAUCUCCUGGAUCUUCACUUUUCUCCAUGGGAGUUGGGUCUCCUUUUUGCCCAACCGGUUCUGUUUUCCCGAGAAAGUGUUGAAGAAUUCAACUUAAUUGGGAGUUCACGGGCUGUUGCCUUUAAUGUGAGAAAUGGAGGACGCGAUAAAAGAAGGAAGGUCUCUAUCGGAGACUCCAACAUAUUUGGUUGCUUCAGUGGUUACAGUCAUGGUCUUUGUGUGCUUUCUAGUGGAGAGGUCAAUCUACAGACUUGGAAAGUGGUUGAAGAGGACUAGGAGGAAGGCUCUUUUUGCUUCUUUGGAGAAGAUUAAGGAAGAGCUGAUGCUGCUUGGGCUUGUAUCUUUGCUGUUGGCACAAAGUGCAAGAUGGAUCUCCGAGAUUUGUGUAAAUUCAUCUCUUUUCAGCAGUAGGUUCUAUCUUUGUUCGGAGAAAGAUUAUGGAAUUGAAGAGAACACUAUGCUUGAAAGUUCUCUCUCUUCUACCAAUGCCACUUAUAUACCAUCGAGAGGUCUUUUAUCCCAUCAAUGUGUUGAGGGCCAUGAACCAUUCGUUUCAUACGAGGGUCUUGAGCAGCUUCACCGCUUCUUGUUUGUUCUUGGGAUCACUCAUGUUCUCUAUAGUUUUCUAGCAGUUGGUCUGGCUAUGAGCAAGAUCUACAGUUGGAGAAAGUGGGAAACCCAGGCUACAUUAGUGGCUGAAGGGAACUUUCAAGCAAAGAAAAACAAAGUGAUGAGGAGACAGUCCACCUUUGUUUUCCAUCACACAUCUCAUCCUUGGAGCAGGAGUCGGUUUCUCAUUUGGAUGCUCUGCUUUCUAUGGCAAUUUAGGAGUUCUAUACGAAAAUCAGAUUACUUGGCACUGCGUUUGGGUUUUGUCCUUAAGCACAAACUGCCACUUUCUUAUAAUUUCCAUAAAUACAUGGUUCGGAGCAUGGAGGAUGAAUUUAACGGCAUUCUAGGGAUUAGCUGGCCGCUUUGGUAUGCCAUAGUGUGCAUCUUCAUAAACAUUCACGGUCUGAACAUAUAUUUCUGGCUUUCUUUCAUCCCUGCCAUUCUUGUCAUGCUUGUUGGAACAAAACUCCAACAUGUUGUCUCCUCUUUAGCACUUGAAAUUGGGGAACAAACAGGUCCAUCUGUUGCUGGUCAAGUAAAGCCACGUGAUGAUCUAUUUUGGUUUGGGAAACCGGAUAUAUUAUUACGAUUGAUACAAUUCAUCAUAUUUCAGAAUGCCUUUGAAAUGGCAACAUUUAUCUGGUCCUUGUGGGGAUUCAAGGAGAGGUCAUGCUUCAUGAAAAACCAUUGGAUGAUAGUCAUUCGGUUGGCUUCUGGUAUUCUUGUCCAGUUCUGGUGUAGCUACGGCACGGUACCGCUUAAUAUAAUUGUUACCCAGAUGGGAUCGCGGUAUAAGAAAGCGUUGGUUGCGGAGAGCGUGAGAGAGUCACUCCAUAGUUGGUGUAAGAGAGUGAAGGAGAGGUCUAAACAACGUGAUUCUUUGCAUUCACACACCACAAGAUCUAUCUGUUCGCUUGAAUCAACCAUUGAUGAGAGGGAUGAGAUAACAGUUGCAUCCGCUACUACUUUAUCCCGUAGCUCUUCCUUGGGCUCCCUGAAUCAGGUAAUUGUGGCUUCAAAUGAACUAGCCGAGACUGUGCUUGAGACUUGUGACACACCUGUCAGAGAAUACUCAUUUCGAGUGGUUGAGUAUUUAUCUAACUCUGCAAGGGUAAGUGCAUCAGUACUCCCUCCCACCUAUGAUGAAGAAGAAAAUGCAGGCUGUAUGGAUGAAGGAAAAGUUGAGACUCUCUUCGACUUGUUUCAGAAGACUUGAAGAUACUUGUACAUAUAUCCAGUUAAGGUUUAAAUUACUCUUUGACGGCCUUGUACUUCAAGCUUCUGAGAAAAAGAUUUUUUUUUUUUUU